AUGGCGACAGUUCCAGGGCAGCUGAUAUGGGAGAUCGUUAAGAAGAACAACUCCUUUUUGGUGAAGGAGUUCGGUAACGGCACUGCUAGUGUCAAGUUUAGCAAGGAGCCCAACAAUCUCUACAACCUCCACUCCUACAAGCAUUCUGGCUUGGCAAACAAGAAAACUGUUUCCAUUCAAUCUGGCAAAGAUCAGUCUGUGGUGCUUGCCACUACAAAGACAAAGAAACAGAACAAGCCUGCAGCUUUGGUCAACAGAUCUGCAAUGAAGAAGGAGUUCAGCCGAAUGGCCAAGGCUGUUCAAAACCAGGUCGCUGAUAACUAUUACAGGCCUGAUCUGAAGAAGGCUGCCCUUGCAAGGUUGAGCGUUGUUCACAAGAGCCUCAAGGUCGCCAAGUCUGGUGCUAAGAAGAGAAACAGGCAGGCUUAG